GGUGCAAGUCGGACAUUUUCUGCUGGUUCAUUGACGAUUAACUUUUACAACGUAUUCAGAAAAAAUCCAUUUUCUGACCUUUAAAUCAAUCAAAAGUACUUUGUUCACAGUUAAUAGAAGCAAGCGAGCAUGGAUGAAGAGUACGAUGCUAUCGUUUUGGGCACUGGCCUCAAGGAAUGCAUCCUGAGUGGUAUGUUAUCCGUGUCCGGGAAGAAGGUUUUGCAUAUCGAUCGGAACAAGUACUAUGGCGGCGAAUCCGCCUCAAUCACGCCCCUCGAGGAGCUCUUCAAGAAAUUCAAUCAGCCCCCGUCGGAGAAAUUCGGACGUGGCAGGGACUGGAAUGUCGAUCUCAUUCCCAAGUUCUUGAUGGCGAACGGGUUGCUCGUCAAACUUUUGAUCCAUACCGGAGUGACGAGAUAUCUGGAAUUCAAGUCAGUCGAGGGCAGUUACGUGUACAAAGGCGGAAAAAUCGCCAAAGUUCCCGUCGAUCAAAAAGAGGCACUUGCUUCCGAUUUAAUGGGAAUGUUUGAAAAACGUCGAUUCCGCAACUUUUUGGUCUACGUGCAGGACUUUAAAGAGGACGAUCCAAAGACCUGGAAGGAUUUCGAUCCAACCACGCAAAAUAUGAAGGCGUUAUAUGAGAAAUUCGGCUUGGACGUCAACACCCAAGACUUUACGGGACACGCUCUUGCGUUGUACCGCGACGAUGACUAUCUUGCGCAACCUGCGGUCCAAACAAUCCGACGCAUCAAGCUCUACUCCGACUCGUUAGCACGUUACGGAAAGUCUCCCUACUUGUAUCCGAUGUACGGAUUGGGAGAAUUACCACAGGGAUUUGCACGAUUGUCCGCCAUCUACGGAGGCACCUACAUGCUCGACAAACCCAUUGACGAAAUUGUCGUCGGCGAAGGUGGCAAGGUUGUUGGCGUUCGUUCCGGCAGCGAAACAGCCAAAUGUAAACAGGUCUAUUGUGAUCCUUCGUACGUCACUGACAAGGUCAAGAAAACCGGUCAAGUAAUCAGAUGCAUUUGUUUAUUGGAUCAUCCAAUUGCCAAUACCAAGGAUGCAUUAUCUACGCAAAUCAUUAUCCCGCAAAAGCAGCUCGGCCGCAAAUCCGACGUCUACGUCUCAUUGGUGAGCUACACUCAUCAGGUAUCGGCCAAAGGUUGGUUCGUCGGCAUGGUGUCGACCACCGUCGAAACGAACGAUCCCGAGAGCGAAAUCAAGGCGGGACUCGAUUUGUUGCAGCCCAUCGCCCAGAAAUUCGUCACUGUUUCGGACUACUACGAACCCACGGACAACGGCUUAGACUCUCAAAUUUUUAUAUCUCAAAGCUACGAUGCUACAACUCAUUUUGAAACUACUUGCAUGGACGUAUUGGAUAUCUUUAAGCGGGGCACUGGCGAGGACUUUGACUUCUCCAAGGUUAAGACCGAUUUGGGUGAUGAUGAGCAGUAAGCAGCAACAGCAGCGCGCUCUUUGCAACCGUGUGUCGUUGUUGUGUUCCUUUCUCAUCUGCAAAAGCACAUAAAAGUAUCGAUUCAUUACAUAUAAAAAAAAUACAACUUGGAGGUCCAUCAGCCUCAUAAAUUAUUAUCUAAAAAUUAUUGGCAUACCAUAUAUACAUGUAUGUAAUACUGCUUAUUCAAUUUCAAGCGACAUUCCAAAUAAAGUGAGUAUGUGCUGGAAAUUGUUUUUUAUCCAUCGA